AACCUUUGAGCUCUUCUACCUCUGAGGAAGCACGAUGGAAUCAGAUAGCAUGGGAAGCGUGGGCACACACACACACAAACACACACACACUUCACCUGAUUCUACCUGUCGGUCUCCGUAGGAAAGGAGUUUCUGGGGGAGAGAGAAUGAGACCAGCUGACAGUCCAAGGAGGCCGUAAUUUUAGCAGACCUACCAAGAACAUUGAUGUAGGAGGCUUGUUAUUCUAAAUCCCAGAAGCCUUGUUAUUUUUUCUUUGGAAAGUAGGUGAAGGGUUGUAAUGCUGCUUUGCUCCCCAAACUGGACAGCGAGGUAAACAAGAGCAGCCACAACAACAGCGAGGAGCAGAAGCUCUCAUCCUGACCACCAUGGAGUUUCUUGAAAGAACUUAUCUUGUGAAUGACAAAGCCACUAAGAUGUAUGCCUUCACCCUAGACAGCGUGGAACUCCAGCAGAAAUCCUUGAAUAAAAAUCAAUGUCCUGGAGAGAAGCCAGAGGAGCUGGACUCAGGAGCCAUCUAUCACUGCCACAGCAACUCCAAGGCCACAGAGAACAGAGCAAACGAGCAAGUCUAUGCCAAGUGGAAACUCUGUGCUGCUACAGGAAUAUGCUUCGUUUUCAUGAUUGCAGAGGCUGUGGGUGGGCACAUUGCUGGGAGUCUUGCUGUCGUCACAGAUGCUGCCCACCUCUUAAUUGACCUGACCAGUUUCCUGCUCAGUCUCUUCUCCUUGUGGUUGUCAUCCAAGCCCCCUUCGAAGCAGCUGACGUUUGGAUGGCACCGGGCAGAGAUCCUUGGUGCCCUGCUGUCCAUCCUGUGCGUCUGGGUGGUGACGGCUGUGUUGGUGUACCUGGCAUGUGAGCGCCUGCUGUACCCUGAUUACCAGAUCCAGGCAACUGUGAUGAUCAUCAUUUCAGGCUGUGCGGUGGCAGCCAAUAUUAUACUAAGUGUGAUUCUGCACCAGAGACAUGCUGGACACAAUCACAAGGAAGUGCAAGCCAAUGCCAGUGUCAGAGCAGCCUUUGUGCAUGCCCUCGGAGAUCUAUUUCAGAGUAUCAGUGUGUUAACCAGUGCACUUAUUAUCUACUUUAAGCCAGACUAUAAAAUGGCUGACCCAAUCUGCACAUUCGUCUUUUCCAUCCUGGUUUUGGCCAGCACCAUCACUGUCUUAAAGGACUUCUCCAUCUUACUCAUGGAAGGUGUGCCAAAGAACCUGAACUACGAUGAUGUGAAAGAGCUCAUCUUAGCGGUGGAUGGAGUGGUGUCUGUGCACAGCUUGCACAUCUGGUCUCUAGCAAUGAACCAAGUGAUUCUCUCGGCUCAUGUUGCUGCAGCAGCCAGCCGGGACAGCCAGGUUGUUCGAAGAGAUAUUGUAAAAGUCCUCAACGAUAGCUUUACUGUGCACUCACUCACCAUUCAGAUGGAAUCUCCAGCUGACCAGGACCCUGACUGUUUUUUCUGUGAAGAACCCCGGGACUAGUUCAGUCACAAUGUCAACUUCCAGAGUUCAAUGGCCCACUAUACACUGCUCUGCAGUUUCUAGAAUAUAAGAAAUAAAGAACCAAAGGAAGAAGUUUGAGAAAUUUGUGAUACAGUACAGUGCACAUUUUAUCCACCAUGAAUGAAGAUGCAUACAGAUUCAUUAAUCAAUUGGAUUAUCAACUCAUCAGUAGCUGUGUUCAAUUACAGGAAUGUGUGUAUGGACUAUUCCUGACUGGGGCUGAAGUAACAGCUGUUUGUAACCACAGGCAAUAAAAAGUUCAUCUCCCUUCAGUGAUGUAUCCUGAG